AUGACUUUAGCGUGUGGUUUCAGGCGGCAGAAAAAGCGAGAAAAAGAGGCGAGGAAGAAAAAUCUCAAACGUGCCAGAGCGGCGAGCCUGGGAAAUGCCUUUUCGGAAAUUGAACAACUUCUUGCGUUUACGGUAAAUCCUCGGGCGGAUCAAGAAGAAGAUUCCGAGGAGGUGACGAUCGAGAAAAUUGAAGAAUGCCAGGAAAUGUUGAAAUCGUUGCGCUCCAGACCUUGGCCGAUGACGAAGAAGCUCCAAGUUCUUCAAGAAAAACGGGCGGUUCUACUCAAAUUUGAGGGAAAAUUGUCAAAGAGAGGGCAGCAAUGGGAGGCGAUCAAAAGAAGCGUUCAGAAUAUGAAGCGAUCUUAUGACAACUUCUUGACCUCGCUGGUCCCGUGGGAUAGCCGAAUCAAACGAGUCGAGAGUUAUUUUGGCUCCUCCGUUACUUCGUUUUUCACGCUCCUCCGGUGGCUUUGCUACAUCAACGUCUGCAUAAGUGUUUUAACCAUCUCCUUCGUUACCGUCCCAGAGCUCCUGAUUGGUGCUUCGCAAACAGAGUUACAGUAUAAAAGCAUGUCUGCAAACGAGCCAGAAGACUUUGUCGACCGAGCCUGGGAUCUUGGAAUGGUUUGGGGCUUUUCCGGACAGCUGAAAUAUUCGUACCUCUUUUAUGGCUUUUAUACAAAUCAAACCUACCGAAGUAUGGCGAAAUUCACCCAUAACGAUAUGGAUUCUAAAGGCUAUCGCAUCCCGCUGGCUUAUCUUCUUUGCACUGUUGGAGGACUGAUAAGCGCGCUGAAAAUUGAUAAAUUAAUCAAUUAA